AGGACCGGAAGAGGUGCUGAAAGGGCAGCGCUGAAGCUGAUCGGGAGUGCGCCUGCGCCGGGACGGGGAUUGCGGGAGAGAUGGGCCUGGUCCUGGGUCAGGGCCUGAGGCCGGGGGCUGUCCUCGGGCUGUUGCUGCUGCUCGGAGUGUGGAAGGCUGGUGCAGAGCAAGGUCUUCUCCGCGCUGUCAGUAAUCUCAACAGUGCUCUUGUCAAGGAGUACUGUAUUAUCUAUAAUGAUGAAUGGCUGCCCUUUCCAAAGUCACUGGAUAAUGCUACUGCGUACCCAUUACAGAAUUUGACCAGCACCACUCUCUGUGACUCGGCAGAUGUGCCCCCAGGCGGCAUAAUGGGCAAGCUUGUUGUGGUGCUGAGAGGGAACUGCACCUUCAUCAGGAAAGCACAGAUUGCCCAGAAACAUUUUGCCAAAGCAUUGCUGAUUGCCAGUUUGGAUGGUUUAAGUCCUCCUUCAGGAAACAAGUCUGAUACUGAGAAGCUCAACAUUCCAGUCGCUCUCAUUGAUUAUCGAGAUAUACUGAUGAUGAGAAAGAUACUUGGAGAGAACAUUUCAGGUGCACUCUAUUCCCCUCCUGUGCCUGUCCUGGAUUACAGCAUCCUGAUCAUCUUCAUUGUUGCAGUUGCUACAGUUGCCUUUGGAAGUUACUGGAGUGGGAUGGAUGAAGGUGAAAGCGGACAUUCGAUACUUUCUGACUCCAGACGACAGACAAAUAGUGAGGACAAGACCAAGGAUUCAUCUGCAGUGCUGACUCCAUUAACUGUUGUAGUUUUUGUUGUCAUCUGUUCUGUGAUGAUUGUUCUGUUGUACUUUUUUUACAAGUGGCUAGUGUACAUGGUUAUUGGCAUCUUUGCUUUGGCUGCAGCAGUUAGUGUCUAUAAUUGUUUGGCUGCACUCAUUAAAAGAAUCCCUUACUGGAAGUGCAAGGUGCCCUAUGUUCAGAGAAGAAUUGAAGUUCGUUUGGUGAUGCUUGCUUUGUUCUGUGUAACAAUGGCUUCAAUUUGGGUGGCGUUUCGGAAUGCGGACAGAUGGAUUUGGACUCUACAUGACUGCUUAGGAGUUGCCUUUUGCCUUAACUUCAUGAAGACACUGAAAAUGCCUCAUUUUAAGUCUUGUGUCAUUUUGCUGGUGCUCCUCCUGAUCUAUGAUGUGUUCUUUGUUUUCAUAACUCCAUAUUUUACAAAGAAUCAUGAGAGCAUUAUGGUCGAGGUAGCUGCUGGAUCCGGAUCUACCACUGGUGAAAAGAGGACUGGAAACUACCUAAUGGGACUGACUGAACCAGUGGCUCACAGUGAAAAAUUGCCUGUGGUUAUCAGAGUACCAAGACUGAUGCCAUCUGUUGCGACCUUGUGUGGAACACCAUUUUCUAUCCUGGGAUUUGGGGAUAUUAUUGUUCCAGGAUUAUUAGUUGCCUAUUGUCGAAGAUUUGAUUUGCAGACGAACACAUCCAACAUCUAUUUUAUUUUGUGCACUACAGCUUAUGCAGUUGGCAUGGUUUUGACGUUUAUUGUUCUGAUUGUAACGAAGAUGGCACAGCCAGCCUUGCUGUACUUGGUGCCUUGUACCCUUCUCACGUGUGUAGUGACUGCCUGGAUUCGAAAGGAAGUGAAAAUAUUUUGGGCUGGAAGUGAUUAUGAGGUUUUGGACGUCACCAACGAAGCUUUAUUACAAGAUGAUGAACCAAGUUGGUACAGCGGGUGAGGAGGCAGUUGAGACACUCUCUGAGCCAGUGUCUGAAUAUCACUCAAAGAAAUGACAGUUGCUUUCUUGUAUUCUAAUUUUCUUUAGAAAAAUAUUCUAAUACCAGCGUCUGACUGAUGGACAAUAGUGCAUCCUGACAAUUUCCCUGAUAAGCACAACUUUUAUACUUGAACACUUUUUUUUUGUAAUUACUAAUUUGCCAAAGAUUUUCUUUUAAUUGAAGCUUUGAAUUGAUCAUCAAUACUUUUACUACUUUGGUAACUUUACUAGAUGUACUUCAUAAUUUCUAAAUCAUGGUGGAUGAAUAAAAUACUUGGUCGCAUCUUUAUGAUUGUUGAUGGGUGGCAUGUCCCUCCGAAGAAUCAAGUGCCUUGCAUAUCAUCACCACCCUGUGAGGAUGAUCAGGGAAAGUAUCAUGAGACUGCAAAUUUUCCCUUAAAGUGACAGUUUAUUUUAACACCAUUUAUAUUUUCUCAAUAUUCUGCACCUUUGUGGUUGCAGCAAUUGUUCAAUUUUGUCCAAAUUUCUUCUACCAGACAAGUUUGAUCAAAGAAUAUUUUGAAAAAAAUAUUUGUCUUGCAGGGUGAUCCUAUUGAUGUGAUGCUGUGUAAUGUCUGAUUGAUUUAUAGCCAAUUUUGAAUAUUGAAAUGCAUUCUGUGGAACAGGGUGUGUUAAUGUUUAUAAAGGAAUUGUAAUCCUUAGCUGGGAACUCCUACACAUGGAAUGGAAAAACAUUAAACUGUGCAAAAAAAUUAUUUGUUAUUAAAUAAUUUAGAAACAAA